AUUCAACAAGUGUAUCGGUCUAAGGGGUGCUUUAAAAGAAGGAAAAAUGGACUACGACCAUUUGGACCCCGAGGGAAGCUUGAUGGACGUGCGUAGAAUAUCGAUAGUUUCUUUCAACCUUCGUCGUUUCCUUGAGAUAUUUCUUUGGUUUUCUUCCACUAAUUGUUUACUUUUUACCCCGUAUCGUUUUCUCGAUCAUUUACAGCGGAUUCAAGCCCUGAUCCAGCCUCCUCAGUCUGAUGAGUCGGGAAAGAGGGUGAAGAAAGUUGAUAAAGAAGCUCGAAAGCAAGGCAGGUCUGUUAACAACGACAACUGUGAUAGCUGUGGCGAAGGAGGUGAUUUGCUCUGCUGUGACCGAUGUCCGUGUGCUUUUCACCUUACAUGUUGGUACGUUCCUUUAGAUUAUUAAAUAUACACGAAGAAAAAAGUUAUUAGAAUACCUGAAAUUUAAGUGCUUUUAAAUUUUGCCUUUUGCUACCACUGACACAAGUGCCCUGUUCACUCUCCUCAUGGAAAGCCCUAAUUUCUCAAGGUUUAAUCACCCGCCCGCACUGACAGCUUCUAUGAAUUAAUUCUUUUCUUGAAGCUGUGGUUGAAACCUUGUUGGACGAGGCGCGUUUUAAUCCACAAGGUUAUCUUUUUCUCUUUAACAGUUUGGUUCUUUUUCUCCCACCUUUUAGCUUCUGAUUGUGAAAACAUAUGAUGUUUUGUGUACUUCAUAUUUGUUCAAAUUUUACUUCAUCUGUAACUAACGGAACUGUUUGAUUGAUCUCUUUUAGUGAUUUUUGUUGUGGCCUCUUUUCUCGAUGUGUUUUUUAUUUUAAAAUCAAAACUUUUGUGUUACUUUUGUCAGAUUUUUUCCAAGGGAAACUUACCUUUCUUAUUAAACGAAACACUGCUUGGGAAGUCUUUUGUAAUUAUAGUCCAAAAAAGAUACCAACAUACUCUGUAUUCCAUGUUUUUAUGUAAGAAUCCUGUCUGGUUUUCUUGUAAAAAGUUGUUCAAUGUAUUCAUUGCAUGUUAGUUGUGGAUUUUGUUUAUUGUCCAAAAUAGCUGUGCUGUGCAUAAUACUUAAAUACAGUUUGGCAAAUGUGAAAACAGGAAGCUCUAAAAUAUUCUUUGUCAAUAGGACUGUUACACUAUGAUAUCAUUUUAUUAUCACUACCAGAAUCCUUCAAUUUGUUGUUUUCUAGUGCAAAUUAGGGCUAUUGUUGUUUAAUCUUCAGCAGGAUUGAUAAAUUUCAGUGAAAAAGCAAAAACCAAAUAAAUUCUGGUAGUUGUAGUCAAAUGUUGUCAUUGUAAAAAUAGUCUAUUAACAGUUUGUAUAUGAAGGGGUAAAAUUUCCAUACACCCUCAUCUGUUGCUUACCUGUGGUAGACUCUUGUACUGUUCCUUAUUAACAAAAACAUAAACACCAAGAGUUUGACUCAGAGCUUGUCUGAUAAUUAAAAUACUGGCAUAGAAUGCAGGCCCACUCAUUGGUAUGAUGUGAAGAAUAAAGCAUAUGGAAGCAAAGUGGCAUUCAAAGAUCUAGUCAAAUAUAUGUGGAGUUUUUAUGAAUUUCUUGAAUUUGACUGUCUUUUAUCUGUUCUAACCAGUUUGGGGGUAAAAAUCUCUUGAAGCUGUAGUUUCUCGUGAUUAAUUUUUCAGUGAUCCUCCACUAGAAGAAGAUGAUAUUCCUGAUGGAGAAUGGCUUUGUAAUGAAUGUAAAGCAAAGCCUUUUCAGGUAGGUCACUGUUACGCUAGUGUCUUUCCAUUGGAAUGAAAAUGUAGACAUAUUAGUGGCCAUAUUCGUUCUUAACCCUUAGUUAAUUAAAAUACAACAAAUUGUAUUCCUUCUGCUGUUCUUUAUAGUGGUGACGAUUUUUGUAGAUAUAUGUCGUGUCCAGACUCGUCUCAAGAAGCCAAUAUCCUAACCCUUUCUUCUCUGUUUAAAAUUCUGAGUGACAUUUUGUGGUCCAAGUUCAAUGGCAAUUUGAGUGGUCUACCCUAAGGAUAUCUAUAAGAAUGUUAAAACCUUUUUACCUUGUGGAAGUUAUUGCCCCCGCAGGGUUUUUUGCCCUGAAUGCGAAAUCCUGAGGAGUCAUCCUAUCUAGUAGCUUGCGCGUAUAUGUAGAAAAGUAAAUUUAACAAAAAUCACAAAGUUGAUUAAGACAGGAAAGUGGCAAUUCUUUUUUUUUUAACUGUUUUUAGGCUCAAAUCUGUAUUGCGUGUUUAUAACAAUCCCUGGACAAAAAUGAAUUUUACGUCAACUCAAAACUCUGGCUAAACUUGUGGAAAAUAUUCACCUAAUAUGGACACAUUUUUUAUUUAAGACUAAGCUUUUAUCAAAUCAGUGGUCUUUCAUGGGAAAAGGGCAAUGCUUUUUAUACGCGGUAAUUUUGGUGUCAUGCCAUAAAACUUUUACGGUCUAAAAUGUAUGAAAACAGAAAUAAUAUUAUAAUCAAAUAAAAUGAGAUUGAAAUUCUUUACUUACCCUGAAUGCCUUCGUUUUCGUUUU